CCUUGUCCGGUAGGCUGGAUACUCAGCCUUUAUGGUUCUUGCUACAAAAUAUCUUCCAACGAACUGAAGAGGUACAAAGCACAGUCCGCCUGUAAAGACCUAGGAUCAAGCCUUGUUAUACUGAAGUCGUUGGCUAAAAUACAAGAGCUCAUCAAAAGAACAAACAGCCAGACGUGGAUUGGCUUAAAGCGUGAUCUCGUGGACAAUUCAAGCUGGAAAUGGGUUGACGGGUCUCCGGCUUUGUAUAGCUACUGGUGGAGUGGAGAGCCAAACAAUUACGGAGGCAACGAAGAUUGUGUUGUAAUGAACCCUCACGUAGGAAAAUGGAAUGACCAAACGUGUUGGUAUUCUCAUUCUUACGUUUGUGAAGCCAACGGUAACACAAUUUUUUUAAGUUUAUACGAUAAAAGCGUAAAAAGCCCAAGCAAAACUGUAAAUAAUUUGAUACCUACAGCAACAGCAAUAAUAAUUUUGAUCGCUUAACCCUACUCUGUUACCUUGACGUGUAAGUCAACUAUGAAGUUAUUAUGACACCGUUUUGACGGCCAUGUUAUUAAAAUUUGCAUUUUUCUUACAAAAAAUGUUCCUUUUCAAUUUUAACUAACUGAAUUAUAAUGUUACACCUGACUAUUAGUUUAGCAAAUUUAUGUAACUGUUAAUGUAAUACAGGCCUUUAAGACACUACUUUCAGAAGCAAAAUAGCAGGGUUAAGUUUUUAACAGUAUUCAUUUCCGCAGCUAAAAAACCAAGAAAAAUUUCACAGUUUCACAUUACACCGAGGAUGGCCCCAAACUGGUAGUAAAAUGUUCUCGAUUCGUUAUGAAAUAGGAAAAACCUAAAUCGGGUGUGAACCAAGCCAAGACAAACUAUAAGAGAACUGAAAGAUAUAAUCUAAUAAUUAAGCUGCUGAUGUUUAAAUUCGACUAGCCAUUAUAACUAAGAAAGGCAAUAUGAUUAAAAAUUGUGCAUCUAAUUUUGUAGCUUGCGGUUCAGUGGUAAACAGUACUAUACUUUCAAGCCUAGGAUAUCCGAACUACUAUCCAGAAGACAUGGACUGUACUUGGACUUGGAAAAUUCCAACAGGAAAAAUUUUGAAAGUGACCUUUGCAUUUCUCGACAUAGAGCCUUGGUGGAAUUGUUGGUAGGCGAUUUAAAUGUUUUCUGAAAAUUAUGAAGUAGAGUUGGGUCCUUGAGUCAUAUUCACCUGAAAUCAUUGCUAUAGAGCUGAACUUCUGUCAACGGGCCCUUCCCCUUAGUGGGCAUUUUUCAAAGUCCCAUUGGGGUGAAGCGCGCAGUUCUUUUGUUCAUUUGACAAUGACAGCUCUUUGAAAGGCUUGGAUCUUUUGUUUUCUCAACGUAGAUCAUGUAAUAAUACUCCAGAGAAAUGUUUUCUUUAAAUUUCGUCUUAUUUACCUGCAUAUGUACGCAUAAUUUAUAAAAUGAUUUUUAAUUUAUGAAAGAAGCCAUAAUUUUUUUAUAAUGUAUUCAUAAUUUAUGACAUCUUCCUGAGACCUUUAUUUCGAAAACAAAAAUGGUAAAAAGUAAAAUAGGUAAAGAGACAAAGACACCUGGAACUGGGGUUAUUAAUUUAGAACACACCAGUCUGCCAAGAGGUGCGUGAAUUUUCAUUUGUAUUUACCUUUAAGCAAAUAUUCAAGCACGCUUGUUAUUCUGCUUCUGUCGAAACUGUUUCUUCUGACAGUUUUGUUGAAACACUGCUGAAAACAGCUUCUAUUCUAGCUUGAAAAUUUUUCAGAGUUUUAUUGUCAUAACCAAUUAUCCAUAGUGUAUUGAUUCUUUUUGUAGAAGAACCAAACGUUUUUACUGUUUUAAUGUACCAACUAUAAGACUUCUUCGUCAGUAUUAAAGGAAAGGCGUCUUUACUGUUUGGAAGAUAAACAGGCCUGGACAUUUAAUUUUCUUGUAGGGAAGACUAUUUGAGCAUUUACCAUCAACGCAACGUUCUGAUUGGCAGAUACUGCGAUAAUUUGAAGCACAAUUUGGCAGUGAUGGUUGCCGCGGAUUACACAGUGAUUAAAUUCCACUCGAAAAACGUUAAGAGAGAAAAGCGGGGAUUCAGAUUGCAUUUCAGUGAAAUACCUCGAAGUGGUAAGUGCAGAAGGGAACCAAACGUAAUUCAAUUGUAUAGGAAAUAAUCCUCAAUUUUAAUCUACCCUGCACGCAAGCAGAACCCCUUCGAUUUCACUGGAUAAGCAAAGUCUGGACGCCAUCUAAACUGAUGGCUAUUAUUUAAAAUGAAGUAUCAGAUCCACAGCGGCGAUAUUUUACAUAUCACGUAUGCCGUUUUGUAGAGAUCGUCGCAGCUGCAUUCUGUUAAAAGUUUACGUAAGUUGCAAAAUGUUAAAACACGUCGAAAUCCUAACAAAAUCUCUUCCCCAAAGUUACCCUAACAAACACACACACUACGAUAGGUGUAUGGAUUUGCUCUAUGUUCGAGGGCUAGAACUGUUGCCAUACUUUGAGCCAGUGGAGUGUAUUCUGCAUGACAGACGUUAGGUAGCGACUGAAAGACGGGCCGCAAAGGAGUUAUUUGUGAACUUGAUGGAAGUUAAAUUUUACAGUUGAUACUGAGCGCGAACCGCCUCUGCUUACUGAAGAAUCGAGUAUGAAUCUGACCUAUGAAAACGUCAUGCCCUCGUGUUACAAAUCCGGUAAACUAUUAUCCAGUCCUUGGUAGGAAGGAACGUCGCUCAAAGGACAACGAAUUUAAAAAGCGAAGCCUUCGAGGGAGGCAAGAAUUGUCGAGAAGAAAAACUUAGCUGGUUUUAUUCGUUCACAGUCAUUAGCUUCAGCGGUAUUCCGGAACAUUGGAUAAUAUUUUACCAGGUCAAAAUGGCGGUUUGCUCGAUUUAACAGUAUAUGAAAAAGACAAUGCGCGCUAAAAACUGUAAAAUUUCACUUCAAUCAACAAUCAAGGUCACAAAUAACUCCUCUGCACUCUGUGGCAGAAACAGUAAUAAUCCAAACGUAACUACGGCAAUGCAAAAGACGUUGCGAUAAUCUCUGACUUUCUUCAACAGACCUAUGCGGUUCAGCGAUGAAUAAUAUAGUAAGAUCCCCUGUAUACGUACAAAGUUAUCCACCAAAUAUGCACUGCGUCUACAAUAUAUCAGUUCCACAUGGCAAACUACAAAAGCUUGUAUUUCAAAUAUUUGAUCUGGCGUUUGAUCCAGAAUGCAGGUUAGAACCUAUUUUCCAUACAAUUUGUUAGUGAACGUUGUAUUAUUGAACUCAUAACGAGAGAAACUAUUUUUUUUUUACAAUUUUCAUUGCUGUGAGCACUAAAUGAUGAAUUAUUAUCAAUGAUCACACUUAAUUUUCUACCUAUCAUUUUAAUGUCAAUUUUGGUUCCUGCAAACGUGAUGCUUCCACCAAAAGAUGGUUGCCUUAUAAAUCUCGAGGUGAAGUGUAGCGGUUACUCAUGAGCCUAUUGUUAUAGUGUUCCAUGAAAAAAGUAUGCUCCGAUAAUCAACACACUGCCGAAAGGUAUCGAUAACAUCAUCAUUCGGGUGGUUAGGGUUUCUAGAAACAAAAUUUGACGCUCGUCAGCAUAGAGCAUGCAGUUGAGGUUUUGAUGAUCACAUCUUGAAAGAGGUGCAAUAUAAAAAACAAAAAGUAAAGAUCCAAGCAUGGAUACUUGUGCGACACCACACUCAAUACAUUCGGACAGAGGUGUGCGGCUUAAUGUUUAUUUACACUGUAAAGGAGCAGAUAGAAUCAAUUUGUUUAAUGUAGACUCGUGAAAUAUUGAUUGUUUUCUUUGCAGGUUUAACUACUUGAACAUUUCAGAUGGUAAUCAUCUCAUUGGCCAUUACUGUGGUAAUUUAACGGGAAAAGUUAUUUUUGUUUCACAAGACUAUCUGGUGUUAACAUUUCAUUCAAACGAGAACUUUGAUCCUAACAAAAAAGGAUUUGAGAUAUUCUUUACGGACGAUGUAAAUAUGCCUGGUAAGUGAAUAUAACAAUCUUCUAUCAAUAAUACUAUGCCAAUUUAUAUUAAAGUCCAGACACAUCACAGGAAACUUAUUUACAAUGUUUCUCCAACAUGGAAAGCGGUUUUGAAAAUUUAUAAACACGGUUACUUCGGUUAACAACUAAAAAAGGCGUGAAAUCGAGAUCAAGAUGCCUAAACAUCAGUACUCGCCCAGGGCUCGUUUUCCCCUCUUUUGCUUUUACCACAUUUUGACGUCAUCAGCGAUCUAUUAAUGAACAGACACGCACGACAUUCUAGAAUAUAUAUGUUAAAGAGAAAAGGUUAGGAGAAUUAAUAUAAUCACCAAAGGGAGAAUUGGGCUUUAACCUUUUGUCAAAUGAAAAUAAACCGAGAUGACAGAAUGACGAAUUGCCUUUUCGGGGGACUAUAAUUGUCAACGAAAAGCUUCAGUGUUAUUUUAAGAUUGCGCUCUAAAAAAGUGACGGCUACGUAUGGAAACACCUGCGAAAACAGCCGACACUUUGCGACCUCACAGGUAUCCCUGCGAAAUAACGUGAAAAGAACUACUGCAGAAAUUUCACACUAACUCCAUCACAAGAUCUACAAUCCUGGUCAAAACCGUUGGGAUACUUUGUGUUUCAGGUCCCCCCCUGAACAGUGUUGGGUGUUACAAGUCAAACACUUUUUACAUAUUUUGCAUACGCUAAGGACCUCAACUUUGUUCAGGGGGGGGUGGCGAAAAAUCUUAUUAAGGCCGUGUUUAUGAGUGUGUGUGGCAGCUUAGCUGAAAAUUCCAUAGAAAAACACGUGGAAAAGGGGAGGUGUCCCAAAACCUUUUGGCCAGGAUUGUAGGUAGUGCCUCUGAUUGCUUUUAAUUAGCAACAUUUCGCCGCACAACUAGACUCACGUGUGCUCUCUACCAACUGCUGUGACUCAAAAUAAAAAUAAGAGACUGCUCGCAGUUUAAGGCAGAACUAAUUAGAAGCACUCCAAGACAUAGGUACACGUAUGAAAUUUAUGCAGUCAUCCAUUAGACGUCAUCUUACGGAGAAACCAGUGCUGGGGUCGCGAAAUGUUGGCUGUUUUCUCAGGCUACCUAUUGAUUAAGCUUUACUUCGACUAUAUGUUUCAGCACCUUGUCCAGUAGGAUGGACAAACCUUUAUGGUUCUUGCUACAAAGUUUCUUCCAACGAACUGGACUGGUACUCAGCAAAGGCAACCUGCGAGGAACUGGGAUCAAGUCUUGUUACUCUGAAAUCACUUGCUAAAAUACAGGAGCUCAUUAAAAUAACAAAUGGGCAGACGUGGAUUGGUUUACAGAGGGAUCUCACGGACAGUUCACGCUGGCAAUGGGUUGAUGGGUCUGCUGCAUUUUAUAGCUACUGGCUGAGUGGAGAGCCAAACAAUCACGGAGAUAGUGGCGAAGAUUGUGUAGUAAUGAACCCUCACAUAGGAACAUGGAAUGACCAAGGGUGUUGGAAGUCUCAUUAUUACGUUUGUGAAAUCAACGGUAACACAACUUUCUAUGAUGAUAAGUAAGCCCACGAGUAAAAAGUCGAGUAAAUUGUAAGUUUGAUAUGUAAACAGUACUGUCAGUGAUUGUGCGGUUUACCUAAGAUCCCAAUGAAUCUGGACAUUUCCCGUACGUCAUAAAAGUAGACUUUUUGUAGAAUAAUAAAACGAAAAUCAGAUUUUGUUCCAGCGACAAUAAUAAUAGCAGUCAUCAAAAACAACUUUUGAUUCCCUCUGUUUACAGCUUAUGAUAAUAUUAGUUCAUUUCAGAAAUAUUGGAGACCUUUAGAUUCUAGGGAGAGAACGACUGCGAGCAUGAGAUUUCAUUUACGUACAUUUCACGUAUUCUCAAAAUAUUAGACACCGCGGAUAACUUCACUCUACAUCUUUUUCACCAAAAAAAUUAACGCUGUUAUCUAUAUUGAAUGAAGUUAGGCUCCCAGCUGCAAAAUAAUAAAACCUAUAACACUUUAUAACUCACUUGCGUCCGCUAACACGCUAACUUGUAGUAGAAUGACGACGACUGAAAUGUUUUCCGCCAAAAUGACGCUGGUUCACAUGCGCGCACUACUGAGUAUUGAGGAAAUCUGGUACUCGUAGUCGUACUCGUCUUAGAAUCUAAAGGUCUCUUUUUGUCUUUCGCAGGUUGCCCCCAGGACUGGAUUCAAAUCCUCGGCUCCUGCUACAGAGCCUCUUCUUACGCACUGGAUUGGUUCGCGGCAGAAUCGGCCUGUAAGGCAAUUGAAUCUAGUCUUCCUAUGGUGACUUCACGUGCUGAACAAAAUGCCCUUGGCUCAUUUCAGACACAAAGCGCGUGGACUGGUCUUUACAGGAAUCCUAGUCACAAUUUAAGUGGAGUUGGUUUGGUCAGUGGUUCACAAGCUAGUUUCGUUCAUGAAUUACGCAGUCAAUUGGAUAGUUUGACGGGCGAGGGAGAAUGUGUAGAGAUAAAUUCGAAGGGAAAACUGAAAAAUAGAGACUGUCGUCAUCACCAUCAGUACCUUUGCACAAUAUCGGCAGGUAAGUAACUCCAAGAAAACAUCAUAUGUUUCUGGAAGAGUUAGAAUUUUUUUCCAGAUUAAGCUUGUGUGUAUUGUAUAGAGGUGCCAGUUAAGAAUCUUAAAAAGGUACCACUCACUUAAGAGAAAUGGAAUAAAAAGAAGACAGAAAAAUUAAUACUUGAUUGCAAGGUUCAUUAACCUCAACCGGAGCGACCCACUCAUAUACUAAUCACGGCGUUUCCAGAAUCAUAAAGUAAUUUUAGAUUCAUUGUAAAGUACUUUUCCAGCACUGAAAAAUAAAUAAGCUCCCGGUAAAAAGCACUAAAUGGAUUUUACUUUGCUUCUCUUUUACACUCUGUCUAUUUUGAAAAGGAACCAAGUGCAGAAAACCUUCACUGCGGGAUGAUGUGGUUGUUUCGCCUUCUGACUGUCUUUUACCAACUCACCCACACGGAAAAAUUUGCUCUUUUUACUGCGCCCGUGGAUAUCAAGUCAGCGGUCCUUCAUCUGCUCGUUGCGGGAUUGGUGGAUCAUGGAGUGAGGAUGCCAACACCAUCAUUUGUGAUGGUUUGUAUCUUGAUCGUUUAAGUUUCCUUUACUCCUCAAUUGUAGCGUUAAAAAUAAUCCAUUUUUUGGAUUGCUGUCAAUCCAACCCGAAAGCUAUUGACUUCUGCAGAUUAGAGCUUCUAAAUCAAGGUAUUCUUCCAACUAGUAAAUGGGACGCCUCAUAUCAAGUUUGUGCAGCAUUUUUUAAAUUGUCAUCAUUAUAUAGAUAAUCUUCAGUUUUAAAAUAAAUAUCACCACCGCUACAACCAACACUGCCACCACCAUUACCACAAUUACCAUUAUCAUCAUCGUCAUUACCAUCAUCAUUAUCAUCAUCAUUAACAACAACAACACCAUAGUGAUAAGUAUUGCUACAAUCAGUAGGACCACAUCAUCGUCAUCGUCAUCACCUUUUACGUUCAUCAAACCCAAGUGCAUCGGUUAAUGUUAAGCCAGAUUACCCCGUCAAAGACGAUUGCUGUUCGAGAGCCGUCGUUCUUUGUUUUUAUUCCAUAGAAUGUGAAAAAGCUCUCGGUAUGGGAGACGGAGAGAUCUCCAACGGCCAAGUCAUUGCUUCUUCGCAACUGGAUGCCGAGCAUGCAGCCAUCAACGGCAGACUAAACGCUAUAAGAACUUCAAAUAAAGUAGGAUCGUGGUCGCCUUAUACCAAUAAUGUUAGGCAGUGGUUGCAGAUAGAUCGGGGCAGUCAAGAGCGCACCCUUGUAGCAAAGAUUGCUACUCAAGGAGAAAAUGCUAAAAGCACGUGGGUCACACAUUACAGAUUACAGUACAGCGACAACGGAGAUAAGUUCAUUGUUUACAAAGAGCAAGGACAAGGUAAAGAUAAGGUGAGACGCCUCUUCUUCUCCAAAGUGAAAAAAAGCAGUUUAGCAUUUCUCCAGCAACCCUUAAAUACGUAUAUAUUUUGCUCGUGUGCACUUUUGUUCAGAGUAAAAAUAUGUCUGGCAACCUGCUUCCUUUGAGGAAUGCAGCAAGAAACGAAUGUAUUAACUGAAUGUAACACAUGUGAGUCCUACCUGGAUUUUUCAGGUGUUCGAUGGCAACACAGACCCGGAUACCAUUGUUUCUCAUAAACUAAAUCCACGCAUAAGAGCAAGGUACAUCCGUUUCCUACCAACCGCUUGGCAUAAACACAUCUCUAUGAGGGUGGAACUCUAUGGAUGUAAAGGUAAUUAAUGAACAGAUGGCUUUUAAUUUCAAACAUUUCCGAAUUAACUUUAAAUCUAAGACUUACAUGUAUGAAGUGGACGCCCAUUCCCAACCUCCCCAAAGCAGUUUACCUUUAUCUUUGAUACAUUUUGACGAAAGUUGAAACUUAUUUUGGUUACGUCAUAUGAAACUAUUAAAGGAGAGAGUUCAAUCAAUUUCCGAACAGUUUUUACAAUUUUGCCCUGAAAAAUUUAAUUUAACAAAAAAACGGAAAUUAUAACAUGAUAGAUGAUAAAUUACCAAAAGAAGGACGAACGAACGACUGUACAGAACACAGAAGACAUUUCCCUCUAACAUAGGAGGAAUUAAGUUAAUUUUGUGAACCAAUUUAAAAAAAAUAACUCUUUCAUGAGUCAAUCUGACAAAUGAUCUUUCCUUGGGAAAACAAAUUUUGGCCACUGGUUCCUAGAUGAUUCAGAGAGAGAUUGCAAUCUAUUUACGAACAGUUUUUUACAGUUUUACCCUGAAUAUGGAUAAAAUAGUAACAAAAGAAUACAAGUGACAAAUUAUAAGAUGAUAAAUGAUAAAUUACCAAAAAAAGAAUCCACGAUAAGGCGACUGUACAGAAGAAAUUUCUCUUUAACAUUAGAAGAAUUCAGUUAAUUUUGUGAUCCAAUUUAUAAAAAUAAAAUCUUUCAUGAGUCAAUCUGACAAAUGACAUUUCCUUAGGGACAGCAAAUUUUGGCCACUGGUUUCUAGAUGGUUCUGAUUCAGAUGUAAGGUUAGUAUAACAUAUAAAUACGUUAUUGAAGGAACAUGAUGAUAAUGAAGACGAUGAUGAUGAUGAUGAUAAUCAUCAUCAUCAUCAUCAUCAUCAUCAUCAUCAUCAUAAUAUUCAUGGUCAUCGUCAUCGUUAUUGUACGUCAACGCCUUUCGUCAUGGAAAUUUUAUCAUAAUGUUCUCCAUGCACUUGAUAAAUAUUCACAAGUCACGCAUCAAGGGAGAGUCCCUUCAUAAUUUGUCGUAGUUUUCAGAAACUUUGAAAGAUCUCUUGUGGUAUGCUCCUUUUAAGGUUAUAUUUGAUAUUUAUUUUAACAAUCAUUGCUCUAAUUUUCAUUUCGUAGUUUUUUUGGUGCGGUCAACUACACUGAAGGUUGGUGCCUUGGAAGUAAAGCGGCGUAUUUCAGUCAAAAAGGCUCCUUUGUCACCGUGCCCAAAAUGAACAUUACAAACUGCGACUUUACAAUUGCUUUUUGGGUUAAAACCGAUGGUAUUGAGGGACCUUUAAUGGCGAUUUGGUCUGUGAGUGGAAAACUAUUUUACGCGGCAAUAAAGAAUUCCAGUGUCAUCUUGUCGAUACAUAACACUAUAGCAAAAGCAAACUUCGCAAUCAGUGACUGGAAUCAUGUUGCCAUUACCUGUGAGGAGUCUAAGAUCAAGGUGUUUGUAAAUGGAACAGAAAUUUUAACGAAGGAACAAUGGAGCGAGUUCUUCUUCUUAACGUCAGACCAUCUUGAGACGGAAAAUGUGAUAGGAAAUCAUCCAGUCCUGUUCAAGUUGCCAUUGGUAAAUAAACCUUUUGUUGGGGCACUGAUGGACCUUCAUGUAAUCGAAACUGCCUUGUCUGCAAAUCAGAUUUCUGACUUGAGCAAAGGUAAUCUGUUGUCAUUAGGGAGUUUAACCAAAUGAGUUUUUGAGUGACGCACGUCGACCGGAAGUGAGCCGUUUUCGCUCUUUAUACAUCUUGACGCUGCCAAAAUUGUAAUGCCUCGUUGUCUUGCUCUUAUUAGGGACUUGACGAUCGGACGACGCGACGGCAGCCAAAACGUUGCUCCGCUAGGGCGCAAAUGAUGCUACUCGUGCUACAAAUAAACUAUAUGCCCCCCAAAAGUCAUGUGAUUGUCGUAGUGAUCUAAAAAUGCAUACGGGUUACGCUGAAAAAACGGAAGUAAUUUUGAGGUGGUCAAGAACUUGAGCGUCUUGUUAGACGAGAUAUCUAAACGGGGCUGAUUAAAGCAGCUGGAGUGACAACCCUACAGUCGCGAAAGAAUCCCCAUAUUUUGGUGCUCCAACUUAAUUGAUCAAAAACAAAAGAAUUAAACUGAAUCCCUUGUAGCCUACACACAAGUAAAUAACUAACUGAUGACGAUAUAUUUUUGUGAACCUAAGGCACGCCGAAAACCCCAGUUAUUAACAUAAAGGAAAGCAAGAUAAAUGGUUGCGCAGUAAACCUCACAUGGAGUCGUGACGUGUGCGCCACUACGAAGAACACCAUACGGUUUAGGGUGAUAAAUCCACAGGGCUACAGAGCAGAACGCCGCGUAGAAGAGCAUACUUCAGCGAAAUUAUAUCAUCUAUUGACACUUGACUGCGACAAAAUCUAUCAGAUUGAAGUGUCUUCGUGGAUUGGAGAACGUCAAAGUGACUGGUCUACUCCUUGGCAAGUUCAAACUAACUCACCCAAGAUAAAGCAGGAAACACAAGACGUCUACUGUAAGUACCGCAAGGGAACAAAAUAUAGAUUGUCUUAACCCAAGCCGCGCUGGCGUUCCUCCUAAGCAGACAUUCUUAGGGCCUCGUCACGCGUCGUUGCGUGAUAAGUCAAAAGGACGUCUGCGCGGAACGCUACUUCCCCCAGGACCAGUGAGGCUUUAUAAUUCGUUCAGAACCGUAAGUUCACGGAUGAUGCCAUUAGAUUAGAAACAAACCAGAAAAUGCCGGCCGCCAAAAAAAAAAGUCCUUGAUGUACUUAUGAUUCAUCUCUCUAUUAUUUUGAAAGGGGUAAAUGGAACAGUAAGUUAUUGCCACAAUAAUGACCGUCGAUCAAGUCACGUUCAAGGAACGAGAACAUCCUCUACCUUACCCUAGGCGCAUUAUUUUUCUGAAGAAGGCCUAACUAACUAGACAUUAUCCUAUUUAUAAUAUCCGUCAAUUUUUUUUUAAUACAAAACAAACUCCUGCAACCGAGACAAUAACACCUAUCCUCUUGUGGAUGAUGUACAUAAUUUAUUUCUGUCUUUCCAGCUAACGAUAACGCUACAAAAAUUUUGGGAAUAGUUCUUGGAAUCACCGUUACUCUUGCGGCAGCAAUUCUCGUAGGGAUCUACCGAAGGAGGCAAAAAAGGGAAGAACGGUAUGCUUAAAUGUCACUGAAAAGUCAAGAGGGUUUACUCUAGGCAUGUUUACAAAGUUGGGCACUGACAAUGACACUCGCGUCAUAUCCGACAAUUUCUUUGAAAAGUAGUUUGCUCGGACUCGAAAACCGAUUUGUUUGCCUGGUGUAUUUCCGAUUGACGGAGGAUCUAAAUACAAAAUCGGGCCAACUUUUCUGUUCGCCAUAUAUUUUCGUUAAAAAACUUGGCAGACAAACCGUUACGUAUAAACUGGCCUUUACAUUAUACAUUACAAUAUGUGCUACAUGCCGUAACUUUAACAGAAAGGUACAGUGUGUUUCGUUUGUUAGAUUGUUUUUCUUGUAUUCGCUUUCAAUACAGUUUAUUUUUCGACAGCCGACAGGUACAUAGCGUGCCCAGACUAGAACGAAGACAGAAAUGCGCACUUGACCCCAGUUUCAACAAAAGGCAAAUUGUAGUCAAGGAAUUCUAUUGGUCCCAAUAGGAAAGGAACUUUCCGUAAUGUGUCUAAACAACAGAGGCGGCGGAGCCUUUCGAAACGUGGGGGGUGGGGUGGGGGGUCUCGCCAAAGGGUCUUUUAUACACUGUUUUUUUCCCGUUCAUUGACUGACGGCUGUGCCACGUUGAAGAGCCCCAAUAAGGGCGAAACAGCUGUCCAUGGCUGCCACUGCCCAAAUUUGAACACCUCCUGGUUAGCUCACUUGGGAGAGCGCCGGUCUGCUGAGCGCGUUUUUCGUUAGCACAGGCAAAUCUUUUUGUAAUCUUCACAGUGUCUAGUGUGAAGAUUGCAAUUUGUGACAAUGCUUCAGCAGGAAUUUGUUUAGGCGGUCCUGAUUCGUGGUGCUUUUAGGUAGCAAAUCGUCUAGUGAGGGCAGGAAAUGUGCGCUUUAAAGUCGCUGAUGUCACAGGUAAUGUUAAAUACAUCCGUAAUGGCGAUUACGGACAAAAGUGACCCCCUCACAAAUUUUUGUUUGGGGGGGGGGGGGAGGGGCUACGAACCUCCCUGCUCCGCCGCCUAAGCAGUAGGAAAAACCUUUCUUCCUCUGCAGUUUCUUCAUAGUUCGAUCCUGUGCAAAACGAAAUUUUUAACUAAUAUUGGAUAAUUCUUAUUUAGAUCCAAGAAAGAAAUUGUUCAAGGAACUUGGUCGAGGGGCUUUUGGCAAGGUUCAUAAAGGUGUGAUGAAGGAGGUAACAAACGCAAAUAUAUAUUCCGAUACCAGUGAAAGAAAUCCAAAUGUACAUUCCAAGGACAGCCUACGAACAUUGAAGGACAAUGAAGGACGAAUUGUUGCUGUUAAAGUCCUUCUUGGUGAGCUACUAAGCCAUUUUCGAUGAAUGUUUACAAAUCAUGUUCAAUCAGCACGUUGUUAACGUAAAUAAAGUUUGUGUAACUUUAGUAUACUCGAAGUUCACUUCCAUGCGGGAUCAAGGCCUCUACUUCCGACAAUGCAAUGGAAAAUAGCUUAACUUACAUGUGACGGACAUCUUGUUGAUGCUAAAGCUAAAGUCAAACCUCCAUAAUCGGCCACCUCUCUACAACGGUCACUAUUUUCUGUCUCUAGGGACAGUCUACACAAUGACUCUUGUUUAAACGUCUCUUCAACAGCAACAGCCACUAACGCAUGACCCCAACUGCCAAAAUAACCUGUAAACAACGGCCAGUUUUUCCGCCGACUGAUGAAAAAGUCAAGAAUGAUCAUGGAACUUGAUCCGUAUGGCGCGUUGAUGAUUAAUCGCGGCAAUCCUAUAUAUUUUGAUUGUGUUCCAUUUAUACUGCUGCAGCAAGCAUAAAUUGUCUGCGAUACGUCUAGCCAUUGCUGCGAACUUUGCUCGUUUUGUUACGUUAACAUUUUGAUUCAAAACAUGAUGCCCUUCAUCAUCACUUUCUUUGAAUGGCUAAGCAGUUCACAAACCCUCUCGAUAUUGUUUUCCUUGACUGAUUUUAACUGAUAUCCUUUUGUUCAUUAACUCCCGUUUUGUUUAGAAAAUGCUGGAGAGGAGGAAAAACGACAGUUUCUUCAGGAAAUUGACCUCAUGAAGGACGUUGGAUCGCAUCGAAACAUUCUUAGCAUACUCGGUUUUUGGAUUCGGUCGGAGCCCAUUAUGUUGAUCAUGGAGUAUGUUCCUCACGGAGAUCUUCUGCAGUGGCUUAGAAACAAAAGACAGCAAAUAAAGCAUGUUACUGUAUGUAUCGAUUUUUUGCCAUUUUCUCCCUAAUAACAAAAUUUAUAUCAGCUUAUUUGUUGUCCCGUUACAUUUCCGAUAAAUGUAUAGCAGCCUGGAGCAUUUCUCAAAAUAUAAAGUAAAUUCAAAUUUUUUGUACAUGUCUUCAAUUUCUGUUAACAAAUUUAUGAAGCAUUGAUAAUACAACCAGAAACAUAGUAACGACUGUUUGGGUUAAAAAAUGAUGAACACAAGGGAGAGUAGACACUCGGGCGAAAGGGCGGACGUAUAUGCCCUACUCAAAGGUUAUCCUCUAAUUUGUUUUAACCUGAAUUUUCGGUAAAAUUCAGGGUGACAGCAAAGAUGAUGGCCAUUUUUAGUGAAGCCACUAACGGCAACGACAUUUCCCACAACAUUUCUUUCACCUUGCGAAGCUUGUCGCAUGCAGUCUAUAAUGAAAGUGUUUUGCAUAUUUAAAACAUCUAAGGAGAGCCAAAACCACUGUGGAACCACUUUUACAUUCUAUAUCCAAAAGUUGAUAUGGCCUUCUUAAAAACGGGUAAUUUAUUUGGUCUAAAAUCAGAAAAUCUUAUUUCUAAAAAAAGAAAUAUCUAAAAUAAGCUGUAUAUGUCGUAUGGUUAUUGCGCUUUCGUCUGUGUAGAAAAUGAUCUUUUGUUUUGGCUCUGGUAAAAAUUGCUUUACCAGUCUUUACUAUGCAGAAUAUUAAUUUGUAAACUUAAAUCAUGUUUGAACUACUUGCAGCUUACAAAGAAGAAUAAUGACCAUACCGAUGUCUUAGAAAGUCUGAAGAAUAACAUGAAUGGUCGAGAGAUAAAAGAAGGGAAGAUUAAAAAUGAAAAACACGAGGAAAAUGGUUCCAUGCAACUGCAAGAACUAGAAAAUCCACACAAAUCCAAGGUAACCGAUGUUGACACCAAUGUUGAUCGCCUACUUGAAAUACUACCUCAGUGUUCAACUUUGGAAAAAGAAGAGACAACAUCGCUAGGGGAGAGUUCGAGAAAUCUUCCAGAAGUUGCUGCAAACCUUGUUAUGGUAGGAGGCGAAGGACCCACUCAUCAGCUCACGACCUAUGACGAACCGAAGGGAAGCGAUGGAAUAACCUUGACUAUAGAAACAGAGGAUAGGAACAGCGACGCUGAUGGAAAGCAAAAGAGAAUAGAAAGUUCGGAAAACGAGACAAGCAAGUCCAAAGACGAUGCCAUGAACGUAUACGUAUCAUCUCCAGAAACCAAACCUGGUAAAGAAAACGAAAAGAGGUUAAAGUCAUUACCAUCGACCUUUAAAGACGACCAGUUUCCUGGAUCUCUUGAAAGGACCACAGUGAAAGCCUCUACAGAGCACGACGAAGGCUCUUGUGACAUCGACAAUAAAGAUCACGUUUUUUCUGCAGAUGAUAUAAUGAGUUUUGCGUGGCAGAUUGCUAAGGGAAUGGUAGGUUAUUCCUUUGCUAUGGGAAAGGAAUCAUACGAACAAACACUAACAAAUACAUCCGAAAACAAAGAUUUUGUUUUUAUGCCUAAAGUUUAAUAUAUAUUCGACAGCGACUAUACCGUGAAAUAGAGGCACUUCGGAAACUAUCGCACGUAUACUACAACCUCACAUCCUAUGCGUUGUAGACAAAGCGAUAACCACUUUACGACGACUAAUUGCUAAUGUCAAGGACAAAGAAAAACCGGAGGACAGACAGGGAGCAAUAUACAAGAUAAAAUGCUACAACUGCCAGGCUACUUACAUUGGUAAGACCGGCAGAAACCUAAGCACGCGACUGACUGAACACAAACGAGCGACAAGAAAUGGUGAUGUCAACAAUCACAUUGUGGAACACCAUUUACAGACGAAACAUCAAAUCGAAUUGUAGUACGUACUGUAUAUACUACUAUCAACGACUCACUUUAGAAGGUUGAUUUACAAACUUAGAGCAAACCCCACUAAAUCGUAGUCAACAGUUACUGGCACCGUACAAACGACUAAUUGAUGGCCUUCAAGCAAAACUAACUACAAGAGGGUGACUGGACAACCGACAAUUUGACUAACAAUAAACGACUGUUAAACUGUGACAAAUGCGAUAGACGGAUCGAUACGCACCAUAGCCUUCAUACGGUCUUCAUGGCCAAUAACAUUACGGGUUAAUUGGCAGACGACCAAUAACAUCGCGACUUAACUGACCAAACAGGCCAAUAAUCAGAGUUUAAUAUCAUUAACUAACGUGAUACAACUCACUUUGACUCUGAAGAUGACUACCGCACAGGUUGUCGAAACGUCAGUCACUGUCAAAAACAUUCCAAUUCAGGACUUCAUUCACCCGAACGAUCAAUAUCAACCAACUUAUGAAAUGACCACUGGGUUCAAACCAUUCACAGCUAAAAAAAUCUGUUGCCCACAAAAAAGGGUCAAAAAUACUCAAAUAAUGGCUUCACCUCAUUACGUUUUGUCAGAACUGCAUGGGAACUAUUAGUAACUAGAAAAAUCUGUCUGAGAAGAAAAUAAGCAGCUACAAAGGAGAAAAGGGAUCAGGCAAACGGCUAACAAGUAGAUAGAAAAGACUAAGUUUUAAAUCAUCAUUUUAUCAGGAAUACUUGGCCAGUAAAGGAUUUGUUCAUCGCGAUCUGGCAGCCCGUAACAUCUUACUUGGUGAAAACAAAGCGGUGAAGAUUUCUGAUUUUGGUAUGCUACGCCGCACAGGUGAAAGUGAGAUAUACGAGGUGGCCACCGUUAAGAAACUGCCCAUAAAAUGGACAGCACCUGAUUCAUUGGAGACUGGAAUUUUUACUUCCAAGAGUGAUGUGUAAGUUAAAAUUAAAUUUUGCAAAGUUUCUUAGGCCUAUCGUCACCUACAACACAGGUAUUAGAACGAGCCACAUACCAAGACUAAAAAAAAAGAAACCUACUACUGAGUCAAUUCCUCCCUAGGCCUUGUUCGCCAGAGACAAUUUUUGGAAAUUUUCCUUGAUAAUUGUUCUCUUACCAUUUACCAUCCCUUUCUUUUCAAAGGGGACUGGGUUUGAAUUUAUUCCAACCAAAAGAAGGUUAACCUCCCACGCAGGCGUUUUUAGGGAAGCUCGGAUUUCGUCCCUCCCAACAAACUCCUGCUCAACCGAGAACAACAUCCCUUUCCCAAGCUUAGCCAAUCACAUUGUAUCUUCCAAGUUCUGGAAGGUUGAACUUGACCGCAGGGUUACCCGAUAAUUACUCGAUCUGUAUGGAACACUGGGAAAGCUAUAUGACCUCUAGUAAAUGUUAGAUUCAGAGCNAUACGAGGUGGCCACCGUUAAGAAACUGCCCAUAAAAUGGACAGCACCUGAUUCAUUGGAGACUGGAAUUUUUACUUCCAAGAGUGAUGUGUAAGUUAAAAUUAAAUUUUGCAAAGUUUCUUAGGCCUAUCGUCACCUACAACACAGGUAUUAGAACGAGCCACAUACCAAGACUAAAAAAAAAGAAACCUACUACUGAGUCAAUUCCUCCCUAGGCCUUGUUCGCCAGAGACAAUUUUUGGAAAUUUUCCUUGAUAAUUGUUCUCUUACCAUUUACCAUCCCUUUCUUUUCAAAGGGGACUGGGUUUGAAUUUAUUCCAACCAAAAGAAGGUUAACCUCCCACGCAGGCGUUUUUAGGGAAGCUCGGAUUUCGUCCCUCCCAACAAACUCCUGCUCAACCGAGAACAACAUCCCUUUCCCAAGCUUAGCCAAUCACAUUGUAUCUUCCAAGUUCUGGAAGGUUGAACUUGACCGCAGGGUUACCCGAUAAUUACUCGAUCUGUAUGGAACACUGGGAAAGCUAUAUGACCUCUAGUAAAUGUUAGAUUCAGAGCAGCAAAAGUAAGAUUUAUUCAGGUUUUAGAAUACUUCGUGCACUGCAUAACUUUAGCCUUAGAAAGAGAAGAAGGAAAAAGGUAACUCUAGGGUCACGUUUUUACACUACCAUGAGCAUAUGAGUCGUGUUUAGCCCAUCAACACUUUAUUUCAAAACUGUUUAUAUGAAUUGGUCACUUCAGAUCACGCGAAUAAAAUAAUGAAAAAGGAAUGUUGUUCUCGGUUGAGCAGACUUUUGUGGGGAGGGACGAAAUACGAGCUCCCCUAAAAAACCUGUGUAGGAGGCUAAAAGAAGAUUGAAUACGUCCUAGCUUCCGAUUUUAGAGCCUGUGUUUAAACCUGACUUUCCCAGUUACAUAAUAGGCCACUUGCAUGGUGACCUCAUUUUAUAACUACUACUAGAAUCCUUCAGGGUUUUGCUUUCUUGUGCAAAUUAGGGCUUUUGCUAUUUAAAAUUCACUGGGUUUACCAAAUUUCAAUAUCAAACAAAAAAAGAAAUAAAUUCUUGUCUUAGAAGUAAAAAGACGUCAUCGUGCAAAUGGCUUAUUUACUGUAAAUCGUGCAAAUGGCUUAUUUACUAUAUUUCUCUCCGGGGAUGACUACCAUUGAAGGGCAGACCCUCCACUGAGUAAAACUCUGUGUCACUGCAUGCUUCCCUAAGAACCUCAUGAUGAAUAGAGUCAUAGCAAGUGGUCAGCAGGCUGUUAUUUUGUUCAUACCAAGACACCCUUCUCAAAUGUUAGCAUGGAAUAAAACUAUUGACCUUUCCGGCUACCUUUUAGAAAAAAAAUACAAUUAUUGAUGUAAGGAUUCGCGGACAAUCAAGAGUAAUUUCUCUCUUCCUCUUAUCAGAACUUUUUAAUUGAUAAUUGUUGAGUUGUUUUACCGAUUAUUUGUUUUCCUCAUACUGGUCCUUCUUCCUUAGAUGGUCCUUCGGAGUUGUUUUGUGGGAAAUGGCUACCAUGGGUGAGAUAUCUUUAACGCUUUGACUGAUGUAAGACCGGAAGUAGAAUGAUUGUCUAUUGCAUUUGUUUGUUUGUUUUACUAAUAAAUUCUAACAACGUAACUCCGUAUCCAGAUCUCUUGUCGAGGAAGCCAAAGGCGAGAUCUGGUCAAAUACGUACGUCAUGUGAUCGCCGGUCAGGCGCACUCCCUCACAAUCUUAACAGUAAGAGUAACCAAUGAAAUUUGUUGAUUUACAAUGAAGUCCAGAUAUAGCGCGCACUCUGUUUGGUUGCAAACAUGUGCUUUAUGAAAGUAUAAAUACCCAGCUAAGUGUCGCACCAUCUGCCGAAAGUUUGUUUGGAAAAUUAAAAAGUGAUUUAUGGGGAAUUUAACGGAUUCUUUAUCAUGAAACAAAUAAAGAAGCCUUGACACUGUGCUCUGUUUAGUUGUAAAGCACGCAGAAAACGGCAAGAGCACUUAGGAAGUAGAGAGAAACACUCCACUAGGUCUCGGUUUCCCUCAACAAUUCUUUCCUGCUUUAGCUGCUUCCGGCGUGCUUUACAACAGAACAGAGUAUAGUCGAAGCGAUCUCGUCCUCGGCUUCGUCGACAAGAGAGCUGGGUACAAGCUCACUAUCAACGUUGUGAGUUAAUCUGUCACGUGCCAGAAUAACUAAAAGUUCUUGACAGACGUAAUGUUGGCUUAAAAGUUCUUUGAACCUUCUCAAAUGAUAUUUCAAUUAAAAAUUUUAGGGGGGACUCCUUAUCCCAGAAUCAGCCAUGCCCAGUUGUACAAUCUCCUUAAGAAGGGGUAUCGCAUGGAACAACCAAACACUUGCAGUGAUGAAAUGUAAGUAAAGUUAUUACAAAUGACUCGCAAUUAAUAUCUGUACCAAACAAGAAACACGAUAUUUUUUAAAAACAACAUUGUUACGCUAUAGGCAUAAUAAUCUUUUUAGGAAGGUAGGAAGUGACAGUAAAAAAAAAAACAAUCAUGACUCUCUGGCGAGUACUCGUGCGUCUUGAUUGCGACAAAAAUCAAUGCAACUGGCGAAUAUAACACCAACGCAAGUAGAUCCAUCAAAAACAACCAGGCUUAACUCUAUCUCUACCAGACGAAGUAGAAUCAUACCCCAAUUUCAUUCACGUUUCUUUGACGUCAUGAACGUUAAGAACUACCCGCUAAUGCUCCGCUUUAAAAUGCAUAAUUUCAUCCCUUCUAUACUACUCACAAGGGAAAUUUCGUUUUGCUGAAGUAAAAACCAAAUCUCAGGUAAUCUCGCUCGGCAAAACAUGGCAAUGUAAAUAGCUUGAACCCAGUAUUUCGUCUCGUAACUAGGUGAAAUGUGAUCAUUCAGGUGAGUAUACUUAUUGAAAAGAUUGUUGUUAACAGCGAUUGCCUAUUCGACAACAACGAUCAUCAGAGUUCAAAGUGAGUUGCGUGCCGUAGCUUGACGACAAUUUUGGCUAUCGUCAUAAUUGGGAAACUUGACCAAAGCAUAAGCCAUUAUAUUUUUUUCUCGACAGGUACAAGUUAAUGCUGGACUGCUGGAGGGAUGAUCCGAAUGAACGACCCGCAUUCUUCGAAAUGAUACCAACCCUUGAACAAAUGAUGACAGCUGAUACCCCAUAUUAUGAUUUUACACUGUUAGAUGAGAGCCAGGAAUGUUACAAUGAACAAUGCCCCAGCACCAGCGAAACCCUCGACACUCUCUUGUGA